CUGCCCCAUAUAUAAAAUGCAUAAAUUUAGAGUUCUAAUGGUUUAUGAUGUUUGAAAUAUGGUCUUCUUACAGGAGGUGGUGUGAAAUUAUUUAUCUGUUGUUAUACUGUAUAAUAUCCAUUUGACAUUUAUUGAUUUAUUAAUAUUCACGAAACAUGGGAAGCAGCAUGCAUAUGACGUCACAAAUAAAGAAAUAACAUUCUAAUGACUUUUUAAAUCUUUGAUGAAUUUUCCUCAAACCUUCACCAAUGUGCUUUUUUCCUGAUAUUCUUACAAUAAACCUUUUUUGGAGGGUCAAAGUGAACUUCCUAUGGGAGCCAAUAAACCCCGAGACUAAAACUUUUGGGGGUCAGUGUGAAUUCCACAGAUGCUUUCAAUACAUGACCAUGAGAUGAUAGAACAGCAUGGAGGUAGAAAGAAAAAUAGAUGAAAGAAAAGGGGGAAAGCAAGGCAAAGAAGAGUGAACCGAAGGAUGAAAGUUAAACAAGGCCCUGGGGCAACAAAAGCACGCUGCAAAAUAAAUAUUUAUUGAAGUAUUAACCAUCGAGGAGAAAAGGCAGAGAGAAAAUUAUAACGAAGUAGUAGAAGAAAUCUAAUCCCAAGUCUUAAAAUCGAGAAAUUGAUUUAUUUUGUAUCAAUAUAGAUUUGCUAACAACACAAGAUUACUACUUGAUAUCAUGAAUUCGAUUCAGACCUAAUUCUUGACGUCAUAAAUGUUUUCGGGCCUUAAUAGUGUUCAAACUGCUAAUAUACGACGAUAAGCCCAUAUACGCUGCUCUCUCAUGUGUUACAUUUAUUGGAACAGAGUACAGUAAUAAUAGGCAACCCAGACCAAUCACCACGUCAAGUAAAAAAAAUACCUCUGUUUAUUACCUCUACCGUUAUUGUGAAAUAUUUUCAUUGUGUGAUCUCUAGGCUUCAAUAAUCCUCCUUUGUGUUCAGUUGAUCCAGGUUCAUCAAUGGAAGUACACGUACACUGGGGCGGUUGGAUAGGCUAUUCUGGAAUCGACUUUAUUCAAUAGUAUUGGAGAAAACCCAUGGAAUUGCUGGAGGCCACCAUGGUUAAGUUGGAGGGUUGUAGAGGCUGGUUGAUCACGCUGGUUACUUUCUUUCAUUUCUUCGCUAACUAUGGAUUCUUAUAUUCGUAUGGACAAUUCUUAGUCAUCUUCCAAGACGAGUUUGGCAAAGGAGCAACUGCCACAGGAUGGCUCGGGACGAUUCCAUUUGGUCUGACCUACCUCGCCACCCCCAUCUCAAACUCUCUCAUAGCACGAUACCAACAUCGACGGAUUGCUGCUAUAGGUGUCAUCUCUUGCUUUAUAUCUCUCAUUGUGACGUCAUUCAUGAAUAGUCUCCUUCCGAUGUUCUUCACAUUUAGUCUGGUAUACGGGUUUGGUAUCAACUUUGUGACGGCUUCUGGGCUAAACAUCAUAUUACAGUACUUCCCAGACAAAAACUCAGCGAGGGCUGUGACGAUGGCACUUAUAGGAUGCAGUACAGGUCUUUUAGCCUUGAACCCUCUCAUAUACUUCCUCAUCAAUGCCGUUGGCUGGAGGAAUACUGUACGGAUCGCAUCAUCUGUCAUUCUAAUUACCGGUGUGGGGGCUGUCUCUACGUACACCCCUCCUCAGAAGGACACGGACCAACCUAAGUCAUACAUGAAAAUAGAAGCGAACAAAGAAAAAGAAAACCUCUUUGGUGUUAAAGUAGAUGCAAGUGACAUUGCACUUCAAAAGAAGGUUUUGGAUGAAGGGAACAAAGUACCGAGAGCCCUGAGAGUAUUAGGGUAUCCAGAAUUGUGGAUUUUGGCUUCUGCUCUAGUGGUCUCUUGUGCAGGUGUUUGUUUCUUUUACAUGAGCUUGGUUAAUUUUAUGAUAUCAAGAAAGUUUGAAGAUGAAACGAGCGCACUGGUUAUGACAGUACUAGGAGUGUCUCAGGUGGUUGGUAAAGUGGUGGUAGCCAUUGUUGGGGACCACCUACCACUGCCAAAGGUAUUCCUUCUAGUCAUAGCUAAUAUCAUCGGAGCAGUACAGAUGGGAAGUCUCCUAGUUGCAGACACACUCGCACCUGUCGUCUGUAUUAUCAUUAUUUCAGGAGUGUUCGUUAUAUCUGUCCUUGACACCAUACCUCAUGCUGUAAGUCAUCAAUUGUUCCAUCCUAAUCAGUGUCUUAUAUCAUGGACAGUACUCACUUCGGCCAUGGGGUCUGGCUAUGUCGUGGGGGCGCUCCUAGGUGAAAGUAUGGAUCAAACUGGGUCAUAUGACUGUGCUCUCUAUGUAUGCAUGGGAUUUUUCUUGACGUCAGCGUUGUUCUGCAGCUUUGUUCCUUUAUACCAGACAUGUUGUGCAUCAAAGCGAAUUGUUAUAAAGAAUAAGGCGAUGGUGGAUCAACCAACAGAAUUAUGAUUGAAUAUAAUUGUCACUGAAUCACAGAGAGAGAGAGAGAGAGAGAGGGAGAGAGAGAGCAAGAGAUGAAGGGGGGCGGGGGAGAGUUUGAAAUGCGUGAUGUUGAUUGUUCGGAAGUGAUUCGGUGUCAGUGAAGGGGAAACUUCAAGUUGUAGCGAAAUUCUUUUUCCAAUCCUAUUUUAUAUGGACAGGAAAAUUCAUUUUACAGGAAAACUCCAACACAUAUAUAUGAGCCCUUGAUUUAUAGUUAAAACUGAAAAAUACCUGAAAUGCAUGAAUUUUACUCAUUAUGGCCAACCCUUUUCGAAGACAGUUUAUGCAAAAACUUACAUUAGAAUUGGCAGUGUCAUUGAACAUGAAAUCGUAUCGGGUGGAAAGGUUCCUGCUAACUUUAAUGUCAAUAACGAUUUUUGAUUACUGAUAACAACCUGGACAACAUGAAUAUUAUGUAGAUCCAAUGUAACAACAGCGGCAAUUGUUUAUUAUUCAUUUGAGAUGGGUAUCAAGACAUUCCUAUCAAAUGUCGACAAUUUACGUGGCAUAUUUUGAUUGAAACUGCAACAAUUUUGUAAUGGUUUUAAAAUAGAUAAUCUUCAAUACUAGGGUAACUCUAUAUUUGAAUAAGUUAAUGUUAUGUUCGUAACCUUACACUGUACCCCAUACCGUCAAGUGCUCAGGUGAAUAUUUUGAUAUAUGUUAUAUCACUGUUUGGAAACAUUCUAUUGUAUACAUAAAAUGUUUAAACGGGUAACACGAAUUGUUAUCGUCACCCAGGGUUAGAUCGUUUCUAUACACUUGAAAACUGUUUGGAAACCUGAAAUAUCUUGUGUUGAAGAAAAACCGAUAUUAUGCCUACUAUAGUAUCUUUAAAAUGUAUCCAUUUGUAAAGUAUCCGUAUUUGAGUGCAAAGCACUGGCAUUAAAAGCCUUCAGAGUUGACACAAUUUCAUUUCUGCCAAGUCAAAUUAAGCUUGAAAUGGCAUUUGUGUAAUUUCCAUUCAGAGCUAAAGUGACGCG